AGAAAGAAAUGAAUCAGAUUGUAGCAGAUGUAGAACAUACAUCCACUAAAGAGAAACAAUAACUGGUAUAAUGGUUGUAUUUAUCUCAUAUUGCUUGUGUUCAAGAUAUACUCCCUCACUGCAGUUUCUGGUGUUCACGUUAUCUUUUUCGAGCGCAAAGAUGACCGAUGAAUGUGCCCAAGCGAUCUCAGUCGCAAAUCAUUAUUUCAUGUUGGCCGAUAGAAUGAUUCCCGGUUUAAAGAAUCAUCUUGCAAAAAAUGUGGUGCUCGAGUGGUUUGGAAAAAAAAUUACAGGGAAAAAAGAUGUAGCUGCUUUUAUUACGUCCUAUCGAAUAAAAUGCUUUCAUACAUUUGACGACAUUAAGCCAACUUUGAAUAUCGCCACUUUGGAGAAACAAUCGAAUCGGUUGAGAGAAUCUUUAGAUCAAAACGCUAGCAAUAAGUGUGAAACCCACACAAGUUAUUGUUCUCAUAAAGAAUUAACUCGCUGCUCACACGAGACUGAAAUGUCAACGAACCAUGAAAACGCAAUAGAUUCUAAUCAGGAAAGUAAUGGAAACAAUGCAAUUUCCGUACAUAAGAAUGACUGUAAUAUUGGAAAGCAUACGUAUGAAUUGGAAAUAAUGACAGCUUGUAAUGAUGCGAAUGUCAAUGUUGACGUGAAUACAAAUAUUAAAGCGAAUAAAAAUGAAAUUACUGAAAAUGCAAUCGCUAACAUGGAUGAUGAAAGUGAUAAUCUUAACAAGAACGAUUUCUGUAAUCUUUUCGAGCCCGAGAUUACGUGUCAGACUAUCAUCGAGAAGAUACAGAACAUUAAUAGGACAGAAUUGAAAGAGGAAAUGGCACCAACCAUCAGAGCCAUCAACAGAGAGUGUGGUCAAGGAGAUGGACCUGUUAUUGUUGAAGCUAGUACGAUUAAGUACCUGGAGGCAAAUGGAACAGUAAAAUUUUUACAAAUAAAUAUACCAGAAGAUUCUCUAUUUUUAUAUCAUUGGACAAAAGAUUGGAAAAGGAAGAAUUGGGAUAAAAAAUGCAAAUUACAGAUUGCAUAUUCACUUUUAAUCGAUAAUAAAUCUUCGAAAAUUGUCAAAAAAUGCAUGCAAAAAAAUAUUCUUUCCGCUAGUCAUUUAAAUAAAAUACAAAAAAAUAAAUUGCCAAGUUUAGAAGAGGUGAUGCAAAAUAGAAAAUUAAUACCGGACCAAAAUUAUUUUAAAGGUUAUUUGCAACCCUUAAAUUUUUCAAAAGAUCGCGAAGAAUUUCUGAAAAUUUUCAAAACUGAGAUGCAAGAGAAAUUCAACACACAAUCUUGCGCGCGUUACGAGAAAAAUAAAUUGAUUUUGGACUACCCAAAUAAAAAAUCACGUUUUAAUAUCAUGUAUCAGAUUCACAUGAUCGUUUAUACAGAAGUUAAACAAUAUGAACCUGUUAAACAAGAAAUAGCAGACGCAGAAUGAACCUUGUACAUAAAUUUGUGCAAUUGAAUGGUGUUUGUAUUUGUAACUAUAGUAUUAAUGAAACGGAUUAAUCGGUCGGACACGCUUUGGCGAAUUUGUAUUCAUUAUAAUAAAAGACUAUAUCCUGCGUUAAUCGAAAGAGCUUGUAACAUAUAUUUUUCAAAUAGCAUUGCAUCGAAAGUAUAAGAGCGCAUAUCAUCUAGGUGAAUUUACAGGAUGAUCUUAGUAUACAUUUGAUAACUACGCGUUGUGUAAACAGUAUAGCAAUUAAGACAUACCGCCGCAACUUAAUUUAUAUUUCUGCUUAUUGUUAGGAAAAUAUUGAUUUUAUCAUGAUCGUAGUGUCUUUAUUUGCAUCUCGAUAAACGAUUAUUUUUUUUAUAAUGAUUACAUUAAAUUGCGCACAUGACUAUGCGAUAUUGAGAAACGCACAUAAUUGAUGAUAUCAAUAUAUUUUCGAACUUUUAAAAGAUUGCAUGACAAUAUAUUUUUUAAUUUUUGUAACAAUAAUAAGUUGAGACAAUAGAUUUUAAUAUUUAUGCUCUUUCAUUCAAUAAAAUAGAAUUUGCAAUAAAUAGAUCCCAAUUUGUUUUAUACUUUUACAAUACGAUCACUUUUUCAAAAUUAUUAUAUAUCAUUGAUACAUGAAAAAUG